GCGAUUUUUCGCCCAAUUGACCGAUGGCGAUAAAAACAUUAUCAAACGGUUUUAUAUAUUUAAGGGGGAUGUGGGACAUAAGCGGGGAGACGAUGUGACCGACGCUUGCGCGCACUUCUAAUCCGUGAUGGGCUCCGAGUACCGCAAGGCCCAGUCAGUAUCCUGGCAAACGGGGAAACGGCGUUGUACCUGUCGUCGAGCCUUUCUGCAAUGUAUCGCCGCCCACUCACAACAUAGAAAUGCAGACAUACACCAGUAUUGCGUGACAAGAAGGAUGGGGUGUUGGAAAUAACAUUUUCCUAUACACAGGCUGUCUGAUGAUUACGGCGAUCUAAAAUUAGUCCGGAAACCCUGCUGAAACAGAUAUCACGUGCAACAUCGCAAAUCUGCAGUGCCGAUGUGGGUUGAGGAUGGGUCGAUGUUUGGGCUGCCUCCUGGUUCUCUUUGCCGUACUAAGGAUCGCACAGACCCAAUCAUCAUUAAAUAUUACAAAGGAUAAUAUCGAGGACGCUCUGAAGAUCAUUGAAGAAGUGGCAACCAAUAACCUAGGCAAUCUUUGCGUGACCGAAGGGUACAGAAUACUGCCGGCACCAGUAUUGACGGAAAGAUACGAAGGGGCGAGGCAAAAGGCAGAACUCGCUGCUGCCCUUUUUGCAGAAAUAGGCCUUGUACAAAGGCAACACGGACAACAGCAUCCUCAAUUGCAUAGUCUGGUUGACGGGGUAGCACACAGCCUUUUGGUCUCAGAAAAGUCCCUCCUGGCAUCAAGGGUCGUCACACUAAACGCCUCCACUGAUUUGGUGACCAGCUCGGCCGUGUGGAGGCGAGAGUCCGGCGGAAUGGAGUGGCGGCAGCCUGCAGAAGUGGUUGUAGGUGUUGAGCUUCCCAUGGAACUGCCUUGGAUUCAGCCUUCCAAUAGCGAAGCCGAAUCCAACGGAUAUUGGACCACUCCUCACUACUCGUGCAAACCGAGGUCAUGGAUCAUCAGUUACACAGUGCCCUUCCCGACCAAUAAACAUGGGUCCAAAGGGUAUUUAAGCAUAGAUGUAGACAUAUCUCAUUUAGAUGUCAAUCAGUGUGAUUCCAGUGAGGAUGAUGACAGCAACCAAAUAGUUGCAUUUAAAGGAUCCCACAAGUGUCACAGCUCAACCAAAUGCAUAUACCACAAUGAAGAGCAUAAGUGGUCUAAAGGAAACUAUGUUUGCCACUGUCGUAAGGGUUAUUAUAUGACAAAUGAAGUCCCUUUCUUAGGAAACUUAGUUGAAGCUGCUUGGCUGGAGAGAAAGGCCAACCAAAGUACAACAUAUGAUGAAAUCUUCAAAUGCAAGCGUUGCUCUGAAGGAUGUGCCACAUGCCGUGGCCCAGCUCCAUGCCUCGCACAGUACAAAUGGCCCUUCAGGAUUGCGUUGAUGUCAAUAUCAGCAACAUGUGUAUUAUUUACUUUAUGCCUCAUCGUAUACGUUUACCACCAUAGGAGGUUAAAAAUUUUUAAAGUCGCCAGUCCAAUUUUUCUUUGCAUUACUCUAAUCGGUUGUGUUAUUAUGUACCUCGAGAUGGCAGCAAUAUUUCCUGUUUUGGAUAUGUAUUCAUGUAUCGCUACAAAAUGGAGCAGACACCUUGGAUUUUGCAUAACAUACACCGCCCUUCUGAUGAAAACAUGGAGAGUAUCUCUUACAUAUCGAGUUAAGUCAGCUCACAAGGUCAAACUAACCGACAAGCAACUUCUACAAUGGAUGUUUCCAAUACUCCUGGUGAUGUUAAUUUACCUUGGAACUUGGACACUAAGUGCGGCACCGAUAGGCGAGGACAUAAAAGACAACACUGGUCUCAGCUUCAAACAGUGCACUUACAACUGGUGGGAUCACAGUAUCGCCAUAGGUGAAGUGCUGUUCCUCGGCUGGGGGAUUAGGGUCUGCUACAGUGUCCGUAAUGCUGAAUCUCUAUUUAAUGAAGCUAGACUCAUCAGUUAUGCAAUUUACAACAUCGCUAUUGUAAACUGUGCCAUGGUAGCUUUCCAUUUAUUCCUCUUCCCGAGAGCAGGACCUGAUAUAAAGUAUCUUCUUGGCUUUAUAAGAACACAACUCAGCACAACAGUGACUAUCGCCCUUGUAUUUGGACCAAAGGUUGUGAGGGUUUUGAAAGGUCAAGGAGAUCAGUGGGAUAAGCGAGCUAGAGCAAGAGCAGUUACAGCUUCUUUUUCUUUAAAUGGAAUAGGUUUAGUGACUGAAGAAACAACUGAUCUAUACCAAGAAAAUGAAGAACUAAAAGAAGAAAUUCAAAAAUUAGCAGGCCAAAUAGAGUUCAUGAGAAUCGUGUCGAUGGAAAUGAACAACAGGCAUGUAAAGCCAAAGCCUGGAGGAUAUUUCUCAGUUGGAACAACUGUCCUGCUGCAGAGUCCGCGAACUCCAAGGGAACCUCAGUCCAAAGUCGACUCUGCCAGUCAACAGGAUCACGUCUGACCAAAACAGGUCUGGCUAUAGAUCUUGUGUUGUUAUAAUUAUUUAGUUUUUGUAUGACAUGCAUGAAUGCCAAGAUCAGAGGCAAAACAAUCUCUCAUUUCAUCUGGUUUGAAAAGGGGGUUACAUUUCUGCAUUACAACAUUUCAAAAUAAUUUUAAAAAGACAAUAAAAAAACCCAAAGUUUUUAUUAACUUAAAAAUUCUGCCUCGAAACAAGUGCAUUUCAGAUACAACACAAGUUAAGUUACUUAGCUGUACUUAUAUUUUUAAAUACUUCCUAAUCAUUCUAUCCAAAAUAAAACAAUUUAUAUUAUUAAUAAAUACUUAAAUUUGAAAGUUAUCUAUAUUCACAUCAGAAUGUCAAAAGUCAUGUUUCAUCAUUUUAGAGGUGUCACUGUCACCAGUCUAUAGCUGAUAUUUUUAAGUUUUGUAAAAUAAACUUUUAGAUUUAAAAAAAUAUUUUUAAAAUGUAAAUCUCUAAAAAUAAAAAUAGACAAUGACUGUGAUUUAUUUGACAAGACAAUAAUAUUUUUGAAAAAAAGAAAAACAGCAUUGAGAUUUGUCCAUAAAAUAUUUUUGUAACAUCUUGAAAUGCAUUUCUAGGUUAUACAAUGCAUUGUAGGUUAUGCAAAAAAAAUGCAUUAGUAGUAUUCCAACAUGUAUCACUAAUUAAAAUUAGAACAGCUUCUUGCACUUUGAUCUUUGUAAAUUUUAAAAUAUGAAAUAUAUAAAAUUAGCAAAGUAUAUAAUAAAUUAAAUUACCAAAAUUAAAUUAAUGUCUGAUGUAUUUAUGUAAACACUCAAAACCUAGGAAUGUAAAGCUAAUCAUUUUCAAAAAAAUAAAUAAUUAAAAUUUACUCUAUGAUAUUUUACAAUAUUGCUCAUAUAGUUUAUUAUCAUAUUAAGAUUGAUUUGACACCUCUAAUGACUAGACAUCCUGAUGCAAUAUUAAAAUGUAAAAGAAGUAGAAAUGUUGUUAACCAAAGUGAACAAGUAAGUUUUCUUUUUUUUUUAAAUAAAUGUUGUAAUAUUAAUUAUCACUAAAUGCGCCAAAGUAACAUAUUUUUGUUUGUUGAAGGAUCUCCUCACAAAAGUAUUUGGUGCAACACCGUUCAAUUUAAAAAAAAAGUUUUUUUGGAUAAUAAAUCAUACAGUUGUUCGCUGUCGAUUUCCAGAGAACAAUGUGUUAUAUUGCCCAUGCCCUUUUAAUAAAUCAUAUUAAAUUGGAUGUAGUUUGGUCGUCACUCUCCCUUCUACUCUAUUCUGAAAAUGUAAAUGUAAAUGUCAAUUCGCUAAUACUGGAUUCAAUGAUUUAUGUGGACAAAACAUAAUUGUUUAAAUUUUUUUUCUUUAGAUUUUACUGGCCCAAUCUGAAAUUACAAAAUUAGCUAUCAACUGGUUUAACAUAGAAUUAAAGUUCUUUUACAUAUCAAAAGGUUAAUUUUUGAAUAAAACCAAAGGAAAAGUCAAAAUAAAAUGGAUUGUUAAGUCUACUGUGGCAUUGCCUCCCAUAGCUCUCCCAAAAAUGUGAGUUUCAAAGAGAAAUUGCAUGGCAACAAAAUAUGUAAGAAUUUAAUACAAUGUAUUUGUUCUUUACAAAAAUUACUUAUAGGGAUUAGUGUAAAUAAAACGUUGUUGUUAAAUGUUAAAAGAAAAUGAAUUUUUUUGCAUUUAGUAAUUUAUAUUAUAAAAUGGAAAUGGUCAACAUGUAAAUGGUUGUGAACAUUUUUUGGACAUUUAUGGUUGUGUAUGUAAAAUAAAUUUUAAAUGUUAUUGUACAUAAAAACAAGUGUAUAAAUGUUAUGUAUUUUUGUAUAUUUGAUUUUGUUAUUACAUUCCAACUGGAGGCUUUUUCAGUCUUUCAACAUUUGUAUUUAUUUUUACAGAAAAUUUUCAUAUUGGAUAAAAAGACCUUCCUAUCCUUUCAAAAAAAAUGCAUUAGUAGUAUUCCAACAUGUAUCACUAAUUAAAAUUAGAACAGCUUCUUGCACUUAUAAAACUCACAGUUAUAUGAAUGGUAGGUAAAAAUAAAUUGUCCAGCUUAUUGUUAAUAAACAAACUUUUAUGCAUUUAUGAAACAGUUGUUA